UCCUGACGUAGAUCCACUUCGCUCAGCAGGAGCGGUGCGAUUUGCACCCUGACGCAGAACGUUUACUGAGGAGGGAGGGGGGAGAGAGAGAGAGCGGACGCUGUUUCCGCCAUAUUGUGUGAGCGGCCGAGAGACUCACCGGCACCUAGUUUGGGACACAGGGCUACUCGGACACAACGGCCCCCAGCCUGGGACAGCGCCGCAACAAUACCCCGGCCUUCCCCCAGCAACAUGUCCGAAACCUACGAUUUCCUAUUCAAGUUCCUGGUAAUCGGCAGUGCGGGGACAGGGAAGUCAUGUCUCCUCCAUCAGUUUAUUGAAAACAAAUUCAAACAGGACUCUAACCACACAAUCGGCGUCGAGUUCGGAUCGAAGGUAGUUAAUGUAGGGGGCAAGACAGUUAAACUACAGAUCUGGGACACAGCGGGACAGGAACGUUUCAGAUCAGUAACAAGGAGUUACUAUAGGGGAGCCGCAGGUGCACUUUUGGUAUACGACAUCACAAGCCGUGAGACCUACAACGCACUCACAAACUGGCUGACGGAUGCUCGGACGCUUGCCAGCCCCAAUAUAGUCAUUAUUCUCUGUGGAAAUAAGAAGGACCUGGAUGCAGAUCGAGAGGUCACGUUCUUGGAGGCAUCACGCUUUGCACAAGAAAAUGAGCUGAUGUUUCUGGAGACCAGUGCACUGACUGGAGAGAAUGUGGAAGAAGCAUUUCUGAAGUGUGCUAGGACCAUUUUAAAUAAAAUUGAAUCAGGUGAGCUAGACCCUGAGCGCAUGGGCUCAGGAAUCCAGUAUGGUGAUGCCUCGUUACGCCAGCUGCGCCAGCCGAGGGGCAUGCAGACGCAAAACAAACAACAAUGCAACUGCUAGGCAAGGUGGUAGGGACUUGAUGCUGCAGAGCUCACGAUAAAGAAGUGCUACAAGUCGAUCAGUUUGACGGAAACCUUAAGACCAGAGGGUGAAGCACUGGCCUUAGCUGAUUUUUUCCGGGGUUUGGUGCCUUGCCUUGAGGUCUAAUGACCCAGAGCUCUCACCUGUACAGUAUAGUGUGUGUCAUCUGCCUGUUUAGUGAGCAAUCCUUUCAAUUCCAAUGUUUUAUAUAACUGUGUCCCUUUUGGUUGGCCUCUGAGCCACAUAACUCCACAGGGUGCAAAGAGGAAAAAUAAUCUUUGCUUUUUUAAAAAAAAAAUUGAAAGUGCACUUGAGAUGGUGUGAAAUAGUUGAUUCUCUCCUAUUGGGCUCUUUAAUUUUUAUUUCAGUGAAGUGAUAUUUAACUCAUACCGUAUUGGCCGACUCCGUGCAAUAGACUGUAUUCACCGCCGCCAUUUUGAGUAUAUUUAUUGUUCAAGUGGCCUAUGUAUAUAGAACCCCUCCUUUCCCAUAUAACACAACGUAGGCUUAGUGCUAGUGGCUCAAUAUAAUGUUUUCUUUAACUUUCUUACAAUUGAGUACACAUUCAAUUGGUUCCAAUCUAUCUCCAGUGUUGGUCAAUGCUUCAUUUUUUGUACUGGGUGACUGGUCUCUGCUCAAAAUCUGGUCACCAAAGACUAUUCUGAAUUUUCUCCUAGUCAUCUGCUUCCUGGUCUGCAAUAAUUCUUGCCCAACUUCAAACUGCCUUGCUUGUCCCCUGUUAUCGUGCUUGUUGGAGUAACAGUGCAGUCUCAUGAAUCUUAUGGCUUAUCUUCUAGUAUUACCUUUAUUUUCUGCCCCGCUCCAUUACCCUCCCUAUCGCAUUGUGUCCUGUACGGGGGUCCCAUCACCCAUUCAUAAAAAUGUAGCAACAGAAGUGUUCCAUUCUUCCCUUCGAGUCUGCUUUGCAAUCCAGUUAGAUUGUGGCUGGCCAGUACUGCAAAUCCAAUUACUCACCUUGGUUUCACAUCCCUUCAUACACUAGCCCAGUAAAAAUUUAUCAAUCUCAGUCUUUGAUUUCAAUUGACCCAGCAUUCACAGCCUUUUGAGGAGAGUUCAGGAUUUCCAGCAUCUUUUGCAUGGUGAAAAAAAAUGCUUCCAAAUUUCAUACUUGAAGGCAGAUGUUCAUCAGGCCCCUACAACAGAGGAAUCUUGAGGUGAGCCAACUUCACCCCAAUUGGCCCCAGUACCCCACAAGAGAACGUGUUGUACUGCUGUCCUCUCCUGGGCUUGAUUAGAAACUGGACCUAGAAGGGUUUGGUUGCCUGUCCAGAUCCCGUUGCAUUGUGGUAUCAGGGUGUUGAACCCACCUCCACUCAUUACCCAUCUGGGUUUUUGGGGGUGAAUCUCUUUGUGCCAUCUUGUUCCCUCUUGGGAAACGCUUACUGUCCAAGUGCGUUGGUGACCCAGUCUAAAUUCUUAGUGCUGUUAAAAAGUCACCCAACACCCUGCAACUAUUUGUAAAGUUUACAGAUCCUUACUGUGUCAUUGCAACUUGGAGCAUUGACCAUGUACCCUGAGCCAAGAACUCCACUGACAGUGCAAGGGUUGCUGUUGCUGGGUCAACUGUGAUUGUAUGAGUGGUUAAGCUGGAAGUUGUUGAGAGGAAAAGUUUUGUUUCCGUCCACCUGGAAUAUAGCAGCUUCAGGCUGUACAAACUGCCAGAUCUGGCUUCAUUUUCAGACCUGCUGUAGCUCGUACCACCGACACCCUCCUCCUACCCCCCAGCCUCAAUGUGUGAGGAACAAAGAAUUGACCUUGCUUUAAUUUCCAUGUAGACUCGAAUACAAAGUCAAACUGUUCCUCAAAAAAUAUCCUGUUUCCAGAUUGAGCAAAGGGCUCACGUUUUAAAGGAAGUGUUGUGACAGGUGCUGCCGCCUUUCAAUGUGUUAUAUUAGUCCCAAGGCACCAAUUCAAAUGCAGCUUUGCACCCCUAAACCAACUCUUUUCUGUUCUUUUCUGUUGAGUUUCUUCCGAUUAGCAGCAGCACCUGAUAAAUGAGGGCUGCAGGCGUUCUGAGGCAGCUGUUAAUACACUAACACUUCCAGUCAGUAAAUUCAUCCAGGCUUUUAAUCAGGCAGCACCAAGAAGCUGCUGCGUUAUCCAAUCUCAGUUUGGGCAGGAGAUGCUGUAUCAGGCCUCCUUGUCAAUGACCAAAUCAGGAGUUCCUACUCCUGAUUGCUACCUGGUAUGCCCUCUGUUUGUGAACAGCAGGUUUGGACAGACUUGAGCUCAACUGUGCCGGCAGCUCCUACCUCCCCAACCCAAUGUUGAAUUGCCUGAUAUUUCUUUGGCUCAUACAGGAAGAAUGAUCACUUGCUGCAGUUCCAGAGAGCAGCUUUUGGCUCCAGAACUGUACCCCAAGAAGAGUUUUCACCGUACAGAGAGGCAGCAGUUGGAGUGGUGGGAAGGGGGUGCGGGGCGUGGAGAAAUAUACCUGCUGUACUUUUUGUGUAUAAUUUACACAUUUACCUACCAGUGAUGUUUUGCAAAUGUCCUUGGCAGUCUCUCUAAAGCUUCCUUUAACCUAGUGACCCUUGUUUGUUUUUCAUCCUUCUGUAGUAAAACAAUUGCUAAACAGAACUGCAUAGAAAAUAAAUCCUUCACAAAUGGGGAACCUCAA